GGGGCGAACACACUUUUCCUAGGCGCUCUAUUUCUUGGAAAAUUUGCUUUGUUCUUACAUUUGUUAAACAUUAGACAUGGGUGCUGUUCGUCGUUAUCCAUACCCUAAGGAAGUCUGGUCCCCUGCUGGUGGAUGGUGGUCAAGACCACACAACUGGAAAUCCAACACAAUCGUUGCUGCCAUUGGUAUGACUGCUGCUCUUGCUGUAGUUUGGAAAGUUUCUGCCGAAAAAGAAGUUCGUUAUCAAGAACCCAAGCGUUGGAUUCCUUCAAUGAUGUGGGCUAAACAAUACAAAGACAGAGAAUAAAAACGAUUUUUUAAUACAACAAAAAGAUGAUAAAGAAAUAAAUGACACACACACACAAAAGAAAUAUGUAGAAUAUAGACAAGAUAUUAUUACUAUAAUUCUUUAUGAAUGAUUGUCGCUUGUUCCAUGAUUUGCAUUCUGUUGUACUGAUCACAUCAACCACUACUGUUGUUGUUGCAGCAUCCACGUAAAUACUCCACG